UGACCAUCUUGGCCCCUAAAUUCGCUUCAAUCAACACAUCGACCCAUUGAACAGUAAUGUACAAAUUGAAAGGCAAUCAGUUGUACAGUUGAGGUGCGGCAAACAAGUGGAACAAAAUACUACAACAAAUCCGUUUAAAUUAUAAUGUCGUGGUUAAUAAUUGGAAUUUCGGGCGUCACAUGUGGAGGAAAAACCACACUAUCACAAUCGCUUUAUCGCUAUUUUAAAGAUCCAGCCAAUGGUCAUUGUCUAAGUGAUAGUGUUCAAAUUGGCGCAGUGAAAAUUAUGAAUCAAGAUAAUUAUUUUUAUGCAGAUGAUGAUCCGCAUCAUGAAUGGAUCGAACAAUUGUCGCACAUAAAUUAUGAUGUGAUGGGAGCGCUUAAUAUGCAAAAAAUGUGCAAUGAUUUAUACACGGAGCUGGGAAAACGAUUCGUUUUUUAUUCGAAAACGAAAUCGAUUGCAAUCGUUAACAUAAUGAUUAUUGAAGGUUUUUUAAUAUUUAAUCAUGGCAUUCUAAAUCGAUUGUGUCAAUUAAAAUUUCACAUACAUUUACCAUAUGAAAAAUGCUAUGAACGACGUGUUAAACGAACAUAUGUGCCUCCCGAUGUACGUGGAUAUUUUGAAUUGUGCGUAUGGCCAAUGUACGAACAACACUUUAAUGAAAUCAAAAGCAAAGACGAUUUUAUGCUUUUAAAUGGUGAAACUAGCAAAGAUAAAAUUUUCCAGCACGUUUUACACUGUAUAAAAAAUGUAAUUUAGCUAUUUAAUUCUAAAUGAAAUGAAAGUAUAGUGAUUUUUAUAGGUCCUUUUUUUAUACCAAGAAAAUGAAUAAUAAAUUUGAAUAAAAUGCAUUCUGACACCUUCUUUCUAUAAAACAUAUUGUUUUCAAUGAAAAAUUAGAAUAUAUUUAAUAUGGUACGGAAAUUGUGACUUUUUGUAAACGAGAGAAAUUGAUUUUUGAUGAGAAAUCAGCAUUCAUUUUUUGUGGCUGAAACCAAAAAUGGCAAAUUUCAUUUUAUUUCAUAAGUUUUCUCAAUUUUAGAUUUAUUCUCAAUAAGUUUUGCUGACAAAUAAUGGUUCGAUUUGACUCGAACCAGAUUGGGCUGUGCAAUAAACUCAUUUGCAUAUUAUGUAAA